UCUUCAAUUCACAUUUCAACAACACAUACAUUCCUUGAGACAUUACUUGCUACAACAAACCACGUUUUUUAUGUGUAGUGUAAUUAAAGUAUCACAAUGAUUCCUCCAGCUGAUUCUCUGCUGAAAUAUGACAACCCAGUCUUGGUGAGCAGAAACACAGAAAAGAAGUCACCAAAGGCACGGCCUCUGAAAGUGGCCCCACCACAGCCUGCCAUGACUGGCCCUGUGCCACCUCCACCCAAACCCAAGAUCCCCUCAGCCGAUGCCAACAAACAGCAAACCGAGGAGAUCCUCAAUGCCAUACUACCACCCAGGGAAUGGAUGGAGACCAACCAGCUGUGGGUGCAGCAGGUGUCCAGCACACCGUGUACCCGCAUGGAUGUGGUACACCUACAGGAGCAGCUGGAUCUGAAGCUGCAGCAGAGACAGGCCAGGGAGACAGGCAUCUGCCCAGUCCGCAGGGAGCUCUACUCCCAGUGCUUCGAUGAGUUGAUCAGACAGGUAACCAUCAACUGUGCUGAGAGAGGACUGCUGUUGUUGCGUGUGCGAGACGAAAUCCGUAUGACCAUUGCUGCUUACCAGACACUGUACGAGAGCAGUGUGGCCUUUGGCAUGAGAAAAGCCCUGCAGGCCGAGCAGGGCAAAUCUGACAUGGAGAAGAGGAUCUCCGAUUUGGAGAACGAGAAGCGGGACCUGGAGAGACAGGUUAACGAGCAGAAGGCCAAGUGUGAGGCCAUCGAGAAGAGGGAGACUGAGAGACGGCAGGUGGAGGAGAAAAAACACACAGAGGAGAUUCAGUUCCUGAAGAGGACCAACCAGCAGCUCAAGGCCCAGCUGGAGGGGAUCAUUGCCCCAAAAAAGUGACCACUUCAUUCCACAAGUGAUCUGUAAGCGGCAGAUUUCAGAUGGUCCGACACAGCAUUAUAUAAUAAAAGUCUACUUCAAAGAUAAA